CGUAUUCUACAUAGUGCUUAUGGUCGACCAUAACUAACCGUCAUAGCUAACAGAAUUUAUGACCGUCAGUAUAAUGACCGUCAGAAGUCUUCUUCUUCUUCUUCUUGUCGUCGGCCAUAGCGCAGUAAAUCAACAACACCGUGAGCCGCUAGAACGCACGGCUCACAAUUUGUUAACUCUAAAUUUAUGGAAUAUAAUAUAUUAUUGACAUCAUUUUCUUUGAUUUACAUUAUUUUGACCUCAUAUUACGACUUUUGGGGAAGUUAGAAAUGGUAAAAUAGAAAUUCGUUAUGAGAAAAUGCGCGGAAACGUAUUCCCGUUGAAAAGUGUGUAAACAAAUGUACCGCCCUCUCAGCUGUUCGGUAGUGUUUACUCACGGCAUGGAUCCUCAACCUAAACGUCAAAGGAAGGCUAACUGGGGAGACGACGAGUCUCUCCAGCUGGCUAUGUUAUACAGGGACGAAGUCCACGUUUUGAAGAGGAACUUCAAGACGGUUGGUGUUUCCAACCAAAAGAAACACGAUGUCUGGGCGAAGAUUACGGCCGACCUGAAUGGACAGUUCCACCAUGAGAGGACGGCCGUAGAGGUAAAGAAGCGAUGGUUCACCAUCACUUCUAAGUCAAGGAUGAAGCUGAAGAACUUUCGAGAUCAUCGGAAUGGAACUGGUGGGAAAAACCCCCUCCCCUUGACCCCAUUGAUGAACUUGUCGGGGACGUUUUGGGGCAAGACAGCAAGGUCAUCACGGGAUUUGAGGAGAUUGAUGACCUUGGACAUCAAAGGACUGUCGACAUUGAAGACGCAGCAGAGCCAGCGAGCCAGCUCAUUGUAGGUCAGGGAGGUGCUGAGGCACCAACAGUAAUAGUGUGCCUGAGCCCACCCUGCAGCCACAAACUGAGGGGG